CCGACGUGAUGAUCGGCGUCAGUCAGCAAGUUGUCGUCAACGAAUAGUGCAAGAAAUUGACUAGCAAUCAUCAUGAAAUUCGCUGCCCUUAUUCUGUUAUCACUCGCUGUUUUUGCGGCAGCCGACUUACACGCUGGACAACGCGAGGAAGGAGAUGUCCUAGUGGUCUCCAAGCCGAUUGUUCGGAAACCAGCACCUGGUAGACCUGGAAUUGCCCUCCAAGGACUCGGUUCACCCGGUAGAAUCACUGCUGUCAAUGCUGUCAACAAUCUAGGAUCAAACGCCAUAGUGAGAAUCGUUGGAGGUGGACCUAACAGCAGGAAAGUCAUCCUGUUAGCUACUAGCCCGAUUGGUACAGGUAUCAACGUGACAGUGGACGUCUACGCUGUUCUUCCCAACCCAAAUGGCACAGCUCCACCACCACCACCACCGCCACCUUCCAACAGUACACCAGUUUUUCUGGACAUCUAAGUAUUGAUGUGUAGGUUGAAUAUCUGCCGAGUGCUGCGGCCAUUAGUGAUAAAUUGAAAUUCUCUAAUAAAUAUCAUUGCAAAUUAA